AUGUUUUUAAAUACUUUGAAAUUUUUUCGAAAUAAUUGGUUAAGCUGGCGAUUGUUGGGCAUCGUAUCUCCCAAAGACAAACAAAAUCAUAAGUUGAUUAAAUAUCUGUUAUGGUCAAUGAUUGUUAAUGCUGUUGCUACAUUUUUAAUCCCUUUACAUCUACUGCUUGGUAUAUUUCAAGAGCAACCCCAAUCGACUCGUUUUGAAAGUAUAGCAAUAUGCGUGACUAGCAUAGCGACCAGUUUAAAGUUUAUUAUAUACGCCAGCAAAUUACAACAUGUCAAACGAAUGGGCGAACUUUUCCAACGUUUAGAUGCAAGGAUAUCUAAUGAUAACGAAAGACAAUUUUAUCAAAAGCAUAUAUAUCGUAAUGUUAUACGUAUACAAGCGAUGUUCAUAGUGAUUUAUAUUUUAGUGGGCAUUACGGUCACAGUUGCUUUUAUAUUUAGCGGAGAACGGCGGUUAUUUUAUCCGGGUUGGUUACCAUUUGACUGGCGUCGUUCAAUAAAGUAUUAUGUGGCUGCCAUCGGCUUUCAAUUGAUUGGUAUUUUCUUUCAAAUCUUGCAAAAUUUCGCAAAUGGUAGUUUUACGCCGAAAGCCUUAUGUGUUUUGUCCGGCCAUAUACAAUUGCUUUAUAUGCGCGUUGCUAACAUCGGUUACGUAAAUCGUGUCGCGUACCAGCAAAAUCGCAAUCUACGAGAACUAAAUGAAUGCGUCCUUGAUCAAGAGCAUUUGUAUCAAUUGUUUGACGUUCUACAAAGCAUUAUAUCGUGGCCGAUGUUUUUGCAAUUUCUUGCUUCGACCGUUAACAUGUGCAUGGCGAUGGUCGCUCUACUGUUCUUUGUCACAGACAUUCUGGAACGUAUUUACUAUGUUAUGUAUUUUGCCGCUAUGUGCAUGCAGAUAUUUCCCACUUGCUAUUACGGUAGCGAUUUCGAAAUAAAAUUCGAGCGAUUACAUUAUGCAGUCUUCUCUAGCAAUUGGACUGAGGGCACUCAAUGUUUUAAGUGACACAUGAUGAUAUUCACUGAACGAGCAUUGCGAGAAACUAGAGCAAUGGCUGGCGGCGUAUUUCGUAUACAUUUGGAUACAUUUUUUGCUACCAUCCAAGGUGCCUACUCCUUAUUCGCUGUUGUUCUAACAAUGAAAAAUUAA